AUGCGUACUUCUUCGCUAGUUCAUGUCGUUUCCAUCGCCAGCGUCGCGUUACUGCUGGUAACCCGGUCGCUAGCCGUCGGCGAUCAUCUAGACGGCGGGAGGUUGCAAGCAGACGAAGGUCUUAAGCGCGGUCACGAGCUCUACAAGCAAUGGGAGGAGGCAUACGGGCUGCAAAAAGAGUCCCUUCUGCCCCCGGAAAAGAUUUCCCUGCCCGCUGACGUGGCAGCAGCUCCGCAUUUGGAGGCGUGCAGCGAGGUGUCGGCGCACAGACUGGCGGCGGAGCAGCGAGGGCCCAACGGGGAGUCCCCUGAGUGGGCUCGACCUAAAGACUGCUGCGGCUGCAACCCACAGCCUCCAUGGGUGUGUAUGGGUGGGGUAUGGGUGGUUAUGGGUGGGUAUGGGUGUGUAUGGGUGGCUGUGGGUGGAUAUGGGUUUGUAUACUUUAUCCCUCUGUUCCCCAUCGCAUCACCUUACCUGCUCGUGACGUCAAACACCUGUCCCGCCGCCUGGCCCCUGUCUCCCCCGUUCUCUCCCUCUCAUCCUUCUUCCUCCUUGCAGAUUCGCGGGUCAGACGCAGCCAAUCUGGGCAUGACACGUGUGGCACAGAGGGACAUCUGGGAGCAUCAGUUCCCGCCCAAUCGGUGUGAGGGGCGGCGCCUGCUCAUUGCUCACUGGGCGUACAUCGCCCAUGGGAUCGGAUCUCAGUUGCACAUAAUAACGGCCAUUCUCAGCCUGGCCAUGCGCCACAACCGCACGCUGGUUCUCCAGUAUCCGUCGUUUGAUCGUGCCAAGCACGACGAGUGCAAUGGUGAGUCUGCUUAUAGCGAGUACGAUGGUGAGUGUGCUUAUAGCGAGUGCAGUGGUGAUUGUGCUUAUAGCGAGUACGAUGGUGAGUGUGCUUAUAGCGAGUGCAGUGGUGAUUGUGCUUAUAGCGAGUGCAGUGUGACAAGAUUUAUCUCCCCGUUUGGCCACCCCUUCCUCCCUUCUUCACCCACACCAGCCACAGGAGCGUGGGGCUCGUUCAACUGCUACUUCUUCCCUCUCACCUCCCCUGACUGCGAGGAGGUCGCCCUCAAGUCCAACAGCACUGGGUCGCUUCCCCCCUGCUGCACGCCCAGCAACAAGGAGGAGGUGCUAGCAUCGGACCACCCCAUUGUGUGCUUCCACGGGGAGCCCUUCAAUGGGCUUCAAUUCGAAGCCAGCAUUGCUAGUUUGGUUGGCGUUCCAGGGAGGCCCUCGCUGUACCUCUCUGCCCCCACCGCACCACCUCCAUGCAGUCUACUGUCUACGCCACCACCUCCCACUCCCUGUUCUCCCCCCCCCUUCACUCCCUCCCAGGUGCACUGGUGGCGCAGCCAAGCCCUGCGAUUCAUGUUGCGAUGGCCCUCGCCGUACCUCUGCCAUCUCACCAACCGCAUCCGCCACGGCGCCUACGGGCUGCGCGUUGCCACCCACACCGUGCAGGCCCGCGAUCGCAGCGCCGCCCUCCUCCGACUCUACAACGACCACCUCGCUGCUGCCUCCCCCUCUUCCCUCUCCGCCUCUGCUGCUGGGACUGGCGCUACUGCUGCUGCUGCUGCUGCUGCUGUUGCUGGUGCUGCUGCUGCUGGGACUGAUGUGGUGUCCUCAACGUCUCUCCGCCCCUUUAGUAUCAACCACACCGAUCCAUCUUUCCUUUCCUUUGCCGACCCAUCCAUGCAACUCCGGGCCUGGCCCGGGCUCGGCGUCGCCAGCUGCUCAGGCUCGGCAAGCUCUCCAGGGCCUGCGCCCAGCUUCCGAGCCUAUUUGACGAGCCUGUACGAAGGGGUCGGGCGAGAGGUGUAUAUGCCUCGGCCGAUGGUGAGCCUGCACAUUCGGCAGGGCGACAAGGGGAGUGAGAUGAAGCUGAGCUCUUUCAACUCCUUCAUGUUCUAUAUGCACCGCCUCAGACUCCACGUUCCUGACAUCCGAUUCGUGUGGAUCAGCACUGAAAUGCAGUCUGUGAUCGACCAAUCAGCACAGUUCAAGGAUUGGACCUUCUUCUACUCACAGAACGAGAGACAGCUGGGCGACAUGCGGCUGAUCGACUACGAGAAGAAGGCAGGCAGGGCGCAGCUGGUGGGGGUGAGCUUUGCCAACCUGAUUAUUUCGUCGGAGUGUGACUACUAUGUGGGCGUGCUUGGGUCCAACUGGAACCGUCUGAUCAAUGAGAUGCGGGCCACGAGUGGCAGGGUGUUUGCUGGGUAUGUCGCGAUCAACAAUGGUGAAUUCUAG